AUGUGGCAUCUUGUUUAUAAUUCAACGUACGAGGAAUAUGUUGAUGUGGAUCAAGACUACACUAUAAAAUUGCAUGACAAACUCAAUCUGGUAGUGGAAGAGCCUGUUGAAGUACUUCCCUCGACAUCAUCAACACCUCUGCCCGCAACACCACAAACUGCUGUCAGCUUGCCAGCCUUGUGCACUGGACUGGCAACGGCAUACACUUUGCCGGAGCCCACAAUCGACUUAAAAGAGAUGAUCGCAAAAGCCGAAAAAGGAAAAGCAUCCAACCAGCUGCGCCACCGGAUAAUUCGCUGGCUGCAUGCCGACCUGUUCAAGUACGACCUGUAUCCUGCAAAACGGGACUUGUACAGUGAAGCUGCCAGGCACCUCGUCUUUAAGUAUCGGCCGUUGGGGGAUCUACAUGCUGUGGCAUUUGGAUUGAUGUUUUUGUACUCCCUGAAAGCCCGCACAAAAAACCAGCGGAAAAGGAUGGCAGACAUCCGAGAAGUCGCGGAGGAGCGGGCAAAGUGGGCUAAAGUCGCCCGCUCCACCAGCAGAACUACGGCACGUGGGCUGACCCAGCGCUGUGUUGCAACAACUCUGUCAUCCUAUGCCAUCGGGGAGGACGAGGCUUCAAUUGAAGCACAUACGGAGUUCCUCAAGAAAGAGAUGAGGAAACCCGCUGAGACAAGAAACCAGGCAAUGAUCUUGGAUGCCAUGGACCGCACAUUCAGCAAACGACGUGAAUGGAUCCUCGAGAAACCCCGCACGGUGGAUGAGGUUUUGGAAAUGUACCCUACGCUGGACCUGAAGGAAGAGGUCCUGAACGAAUGCUUCAGGAUAACUGGAAUUCAUGUUGAGGUGGAAGUGACCAAGUUCUUCGAAAGCAAAGGAGACCUUAAAAGGAUCUCUUAUUACAUCUAA